CUUCCUUUCAUCCACUCGUCCCCUUCCCUCCCGCUCUCGCUCCAACGACCGCGAGAACCAGGGAGAGAACGCGAGGCCCGUCGAGAUGGAAGGAUCCCAAAUCUCUCUUCCGUUGGCGCUGCUAGCUGCCCUCCUCCUCGCCUCCGCCUCCCCGACGGCCGAGUCUCGCCACCUCCACCGCCUCGACCACCACCGCCGCCGCCACCCCGUCCCCGCCGUAUCCAACGUUUGCAAGCGCGCGGAAUUUCCCCGGCUCUGCGAGGCCUUCGUCCCGAAGCUGCGCACCGCGACCGCCGAAUCCGUGAUCGAGACCACGGUCCGGGCGGCUGUGUCCGGCGCUAAGGAUGCCAAGGUUCUGGCGGAUAAGCUUAUGGAUUCCCCGACCACCGACAACGAGGUGAAGGGCGGCCUCGACGUGUGCCGGCAGAACUUUGAGAUGCUGCUCCUUGAUCUCCAGAAGGGGCUGGAGAACCUCAAGGGGGCCGGAAGCCACAACAACCUCAUGAGCAACCUCUCAGCGGCGCUCGCCGACAUCGACUCGUGCGACGAUAGCUUUAACGAGGCCCCCGGGCUGAAGUCGCCCGUUUCUCAUCUCACUUCUAAUCUCAGGAAGCUAGCAUUGAACAGCCUUUCCUUGGCUGGUCACUUGAACUGAUUAUUAUAAAUAUUAUUAGCGAGGAGAAGAUGGAGGAAGAAGAAGAAGAAGAUGAUGUCGAAAACUUUGAAAUAAAUCAAUGUAAAAGCCUCAGGACUUCUGAGGUUUGAUUCCUUUCGGCAUUGCUUAUGGUAACCACUGAUACACUUCUCUUCCCACUGUAUAAGAAUUGUUGUUUCUAAUGGCUGGCUGGCAGCUAGAUAUAUUGGCCGUGUCUCUUGGUCCUCCGCAUAUUAAAGUCUUAUGUGUUUGAGCUUAAA